GUCGUUCUUUUGCUGCCUCACCAAUACCGAGACACUGCUUUUGCGAGUUCCCAACCCAAAGACUUCGGCAAAAAAUUUCUACCAGAUUCAGUGUCAAGAUCAUCGUCGCAGCGUCAACAUCAAUUAUUACAGAUCGGAGUGCACUUUCCUCUAAUUAAAAAAGAAAUAAAAGAAAUUAAUAAAAAAAGAAGAAUCUCUACACGUACACUCGCCAUACACAAGAGACACUGCAGUGAUUUAAUUUGCAUGUAAUUAUCAACGUUUUUUUUUUGUCUCUGAAUUGUUUUUGUGCGAUUAAACCAAAUUAAUUAUUAUCUCUCGGUGCUUUUGCUUGUGCAUCGAUACGGCUGCUUUUGAAGAAACUUCAUUAAAAAUAAAGUUCUAAAAGUGACGAGAAAUUACAAAAAAAUAAAAAAUCAGCAGCAACAAAUUUAACGCAGGAUAUUAUGUUGAAAAGCAGCAAAAAUGAAAGAAAUUUGAGGAAUUCCACGGAAAAAGAAGAAAUUAAUUAAAACCAAAGAUCCCGUUAUUCAAUAAAAGACUGAAAGGCACGUGAACACCAAAAAUUUUCAAAUAGGAUUAAAAAAUUUAGAAAUAAGUUAACGAGAACAAGGAAUAAGAUGGCAAGCCCCAAGUCUCCGGCAAAGAAGAACCGUCGCAAGGCCGAAAUGGAAGACGAAAUCGAGGAGGUGCCCAGUAACAGUAUCACAGCACGCCUCACACGCAUCACAGAAAAAAUCGCAUCCACAUCCAUCGGGCAAUUUGGCAUCCGGAAGAUCGACAACAUCCUGUGGACCAUCGAAAAGUCGGCAAAAUGGAGUUUACCGCGGUACACGCGUCACGUUCCCGCCUCCGAGGAGCCCGAAAAGGAGGAAAAAAUCCACGAACCACCACUGACGCGACCCUUGCCGUGGAUUUUCUUCAUUCCGAUGCUCAUUGCGUUACGGAUGAUCCGGACGACGGUGUCGGUGGGUGCGCUAAUGCUACGCAAGAGUCCCGUGACGCCGCAGGAAAUGGUUCAUUUCAUCCAAAGUCGACGACGAAAGCUGCGUGCCAUCAAAUAUUCGGGUCUCCGUGCGAUCCGCAUGCGUCACAUUCAGGCAGCUGAGGACCGGAGAAACGGAAAAAUCGCUCGCAGAGGCAUGAUGGCGCGGCUAAGUAACAUUUUCAACGUGUUAAUGUGCGGAUCGUAUGGCACGGUAGAUCGUCCCACGAAGGUUGUCGUCAAAAAGAAGGACAAAUCCACGAAUAGCGAACGCAAAAAGCGCCAUGCUGACGAAAGUGAUGAUGAAGAGGAACUUGGAUGCAACGAAUUGUUGAAUAAAUUGGCAGAUGAAGAUGACACUGAUGAUUCGAGCUUUGCUGAAGACACAAUUUUGAGCUCGGAUGUCACAAUUUCGGAUGAUGAGUCAGAAACCGACAACAUUUUGAACAAAACAAUGAAUGAAAAGGACACUCCAAAAUUCGCCACUCCCAAGUACAGAAAAUCCCGUUCGAACCCCAAUAGUGGUGUCAGUGCCAAAGCUUCCGAGCCCACAAAUGACAAUUUAGAUUUCAUGAGCACCCCAAAACGGAGUAUCUCCCAUUCAGCUGUUGCUGAAACCACUGGAAACGGCCCAAUUGCCGAGCAAAAGAUGAAAAAUGGCGAAAACGGACAUUCAACAAUCGAAGAAAUCAAAAAGGCUCCAAUGAAAAAUGCUCACAACUACAUGAAUGGCGUCAAUAAUCGGGGACCCAAUCAUCGGUCUAACCGCCAAGCCAUAGAAUACUAUAAAAAUGUCGCAAACGAAAUGGUCAUUCAUGAGGAUGAGCAAUUCCACAAUUUUAGCAAGCAUGUUAACGGUACUGCAAAGGAACACGAACAAACCGGUGGCGAAAACGCGGAAGCAAUUAACAACUUACCCGAGUCCCAACGCAGCGAAGCUCCCCCAAAAAUGGACCAACCGCAAACUAACAAUCACACGAACAACAAUUCCACAGCAGCUCCCGUCGUCACGACGAAAAAUCCGGAUCGCUCCCAUGGCGGUCGUGGCAACAAUCACAACAACAACAAGAAACGCCGCAACAAUAGUCAGAAUAGUCAAAAUAAUCGACGUAAUGGGGGACCCAACUAUUAGACAUCGCAUGAAAUAAUUAUUGAUAAAAUUUGAUACACCAAAAAAUUGUUAAAAAUUUAUUUUUUUCUCCAUUUAUCGUACUCCAUAUUAUAUUUAUACAUUUAAAAAAAAUUAUAAAGGUAGUGAAGCAAUUAAAAAAAAACCUAAAAAUUUAAGUGAUAAGAACAAAAUUAUGUCAUUUUUAUAUUGCUACUUAUUUAAUCAAAAAAAAAAACAAACAAUGAAAAUUAUCGCUAAAUUACUCAAAAAACAGGCAAAAAAUUGUAUUUAUAGGUGUUUUUAUGUUAUAAGAAAUGUUUAAAAAAAAAGAAAACUGAAUGCUUGGGAAAUAAAUUUGAA